CAGACAGGUUUACCUCCCUACCUUCUGUUUCCAUUCUGACAGUGGCAACAUAUUGAAUAGCCACCAAGGCAGAUGCAUCAAUCCCAACUCAACAUGCUCACCCUAUCAAGAGUCGACGACAUACCCAACUGUAGCCCCACCGACGCACAACGACUGCCCCAGCGCAUACCCCUGGCAACGACGAACCAGGGGAGUCAACCUACAACCAAAUCAAACUCGGGACACGUCAAGAAUGAGCAUGUGGACAUUGGUAGCACCGUAAAUAAUUCUCAAGGCGCCUCAAAUACGCCCGAGAAAGCCGCAAGCCCUCUGCUAUCGAACAAGGGGCACGACGUGUCUUCAAGUUGCUAUAGAACCCCAAGGAUCACGACAGAUGCGCUAUUUGCAUGGCACGCUGAUUUCCCAGGUGGAGCAGCCAUUGGGAGCCGCGACUACAACACAAUUGAGGCAUCGAUUUUGCAUCGAAAAAGUCUCGGGCUUUCUGAGUCUGGCAAGACAGAUGCUGUCGUAUCUGUUCACGAUUUAGGUUUCAGCGCGGUACCUUGGUCAACACACCACUCCCGCAGCCGCAGUCCCAGCCAAAGCGAUGUCUUCGAUCAUAUAUCAUGCGAAGGAGAUUCAGCGCAGCACAUUCACUCAGCUGCGGAGAUAGAAGAUGAUAUUCGACACAGAAUAGAGAGCAAUCUUAGCUGGAGCGGAAUGGACAAGAAGGAAUACCUUCCAGUCGAUUCAUUCGAGAAGAUCUUCAACAUCAAAACCAUGAUGUCUCUCAUCAGGGCUCUCUACCAAGAUGCCUUUGAAGAAGAAAUCAUUCAUAAGGCUGGCCAGAUCUGGGGUGAUGAAACGGGCAGCCGGCGAAGAAUCGCCGCCACAUUGGUGUUCAUGCAGCAGACAAGCCACAUCGAAGACUUCAUCCAGGAAAAUAUCUUCGAUCACCACCUACCACUGUGCAGUGAGAUGAAGAGCAAGAAAGACUUCCGAACUCUCGGUGAUGACCGCGUCAACACGACGCUUUUCCAAAAUUGGGAGCGCGUUCACAUCGAUCUGUUCUAUGUUUAUCAGAAAAUAAUAUUCGUUCCUUUCUUAAGCAUGGGAAAUGAGACUCUUUGCUCAUAUGUUUUCGAUGGCGACGUUAGGCUUCCAUGGGAUAAGUUCGAGCAGAAUGCGGUCGGUGGACAUGGAAUAAUCUACAGGCUCGAGAUUCACCAAAGCCACCACGACUACAAAGGGAAUAAUACCCCGGGCCGACCACCUUGCUUUGCAGUCAAGGAGAUAAAUGGCGCUGACCACGAAUCCUACCGCAAGGAGCUUAGAGCCCUCGAACAAGCAUGUGCCAAGCCAUAUCUUGUCUUUGAGUGGGCAGAUGGUAACUUGGAGCAAUUCUGGAAAAAGAGACAGGUGGAGAAACUGCCCUUGGCGACAAAGUGGAUGGCUCGGCAAUGCCGUGGUAUUGUCAAUGCCAUUAAACGCAUUCAUGGACUCGCAACAUGGCAGAAGGACGAGAGGUCAUCAAACGUCAAUUCUGAAGAGGCGGUUGUUAAAGAUUGGGGCCGGCAUGGCGACAUCAAGCCGACUAACAUCUUGUGGUUUUCAACCUACGGAGAAUAUCGGGAUCAUCUCGUUGUUGCUGACUUAGGAUUGACACGAUAUCACUCCAGGCUCACAAAGUCCCGCGUCAUGAGAGUAGACGGCUAUACUGGAACCUACCGGGCUCCAGAAAUCGACCUUGGCAAUCCCAUCUCUUCCAAGUAUGACAUUUGGUCCCUUGGAUGUGUUUUUCUCGAGUUUUGCAUCUGGUAUUUACUUGGGUAUGAUGAUGUUGAGAAUUUCCAGAGAGACCGCAAUCUCAAUCGCUGGCCAGAUGAUGUGGAUGACAUAGGAGAGCCUGACCACGGGUACUUCGUUGCUUCGCAUAUACCCCAGGGGGGUAAACAAGCUGAGCUCCACCCAGCUGUACACAACUGGGUUGAAAGAUUGAGGGGGUUGGCCCCCUGUACAGGCUUCGUCCGAGAGAUGCUGGAUCUGAUCAUGAAACGAAUGCUCGUUGUUGAUCCUAAACAAAGAUACUCUAUCGACAUGAUUUCUACGGAACUUGCAAACAUUGAACCCUCGCUGCGAGAAACAUCUGAGAGCUUUGCCCCCUUGUCGGGUACUGCGAAAAAAACCUAUCUUUCACCGGAGCCAAAGUCUUCCAAGGUAAGUUAUGCCAUCGCUCUGAUAGAGGCAGUUUAAUAACUCUCUAUCCAUAGGGUCAUCUCCGAGUGCCAGGAUCUCCUGCAAGCUUGGUAACAUUCGCAGAAGGAAAUUGUGUCAUCCCUGAUAGUAUCAUGUCAAGCGUGUGUAGUCGACAACGAUCGCUAUCAAUUGAAUCUAACAAUGUGGACUCGGACGACGGUUCAUGGAACGACCGGAGCACGGCUGCGACCAGCGUAUUUGGUGAAGAACCAGAAGAUCAUUCACCGAUGCCGAAUGUCAUGAUAUCGUAGUCUAUCAUCAAUCAUAGGAUAUACACACUGUUCCGAUACUAAGGCAACGAUGACAAGAGGAUUAUGGAAACUGCGAGAGGUCGAUGCAUUUGUUGGCUAGACAGCGUCUGAU